UCCGCCGAAAGCCUCUUCCCAAAGGCCUGAGUCCAAGCGGACCAAUAAACUUCUCUCCGUUUCUCCCCUCGCCUCUGUUCCCUGCGAAUCUUUCCGUCCCCUGUUUCCAUUAUGUCGACCGUCUCCUAUUCUCUCCGCCUCUUCCAUCCCAAACUCCCCCAAAUCCCCCCCAAAACCGUUGUCUCCAAAUCCCCCUUCCUUCCGUCCAAGCCCUUGCUCCUCUUUUCCUCUCCUAUCUCCUUCCAACGCCUGCCCAAAUCUCCCCUUUCCGAGCCCGUCCGAGCCCAGCAGCAGCAGCGAGAGGCCGACGUCGAUCUUUCCGUCCUCCCUUCCAGAUUACAAGAAAUCGUCGCCCUCUUCCAGUCCGUCUCCGAACCCAAGGCCAAGUACCAGCAGCUCCUCCACUACGGCUCCCAGCUUCCUCCUCUCGACCUCCGCUUCAAGACCGAUGACCACCGCGUCCGCGGCUGCGUCUCUCAGGUCUGGGUCCGCGCCUUCCGCGACCCACACGACCCCGCCGCCGUCCGUUUCGAGGCCGACUCCGACUCCGCCCUCACCAAGGGCCUUGCCGCCCUUCUCGUCUUCGGCCUAUCCGGCUCCCCCGCCCCCAUCAUCGCCGCCGUCCCGCCCGGCUUCGUCCGCCUCCUCGGCCUCCAGCAGAGCCUCACGCCCUCGCGGAAUAACGGAUUCCUCAACAUGCUCAAGCUCAUGCAGCGGAAGGCCCUCCAGCUAUAUUCUGAGGUCGCUUAUUCGGAAAUCAACGGGGCUUCAGAUUCCGUGGGAUCGUAUUCGGGUGCCCAGGGCAGAAUCUUGGAGGAUAAAAAUUCGAUCUUGGGUGGAGAAGCCGAUGAAACUGGCAAAGAUUCAUCCUUUAGAGAGGUUUCGAGUGCAAACGGGAGCGGCGAUUCGCUACCCUAUGGGGAUUUGAAGGUUGAUGGAGAUGGCAUGGAUAGCGCCGAUGUGGUGCAGAAAAGUUCGGGUGGUGGGAUUGGCGGGAGAAGGGAGAGGAUAAGGGAGAGAUUGGAGAGGGAGCUGUCUCCGGUGGAAUUGGAGGUGGAGGAUAUUUCAUACCAACAUGCGGGCCAUGCUGGGGUUAGAGGAAAUAAUGAUGGAGAGACCCAUUUCAACGUGAGGGUGGUUUCCAAGGAGUUUGAAGGGAAGAGUUUGGUGAAGAGGCACAGGCUUGUUUAUGACCUGUUGCGGGAGGAGUUGCAGAGCGGAUUGCACGCCCUCUCCAUAGUUGCAAAGACUCCAUCUGAAUCCCAGUCCAGUUAGAUAGGCACUGAAUAGCAACAGGUUUUAUUACUUUAUUGUUUUUACAAUCUUUUCCCCGUCUUAGAAUAGUGAAACAUGAACUUUUCAAAGCAUAGAGAGAUGCUGCGUUGAUUUGCAUAUAUUAUCCUGUAAUCCUAUUGAAGAUUAUGUGUUUUCAUUUAACAGUCUUAAUUUUUUCUCGAAGCAGAAUUUGUAUUCCAA